UCUCUCUCAUCUCUCUCUCUCUCUCUCUCUCUCUCUCUCUCUCUCUCUCUCUCUCUCUCUCUCUCUCAGAAAGCCAGUCACAUUCUUACACGGAUAACUUGAUUUGCGAACAGAAACUCACAAUCUUAACACUGAUUCAUUUGCAGAAUUUGCGGCCGCUCGAAACACUGGUCCAAGAGGACGCAACAGACGUAGAGCCCGAAGAGAAGGCCGCUCUAAACGUAAUACCCGGAGAGGAAACAACGGAUGCAAUGACCGAAGGGGGCGCAAGAGAAACUACGGACGAAAAGGACAUAGAGGAAGAUGUAACAUUUACCGAGACAAGCGAACCGACAACGGCCGAUCCCGUGGCGCGAGUGAGGGCACGGGAGGAGAGCGGCGUCGAGGGCGCUUCCGCCUUCGGGUACACGACCCUCGCGGAAGGGGAGAGGUUCGAGUCCCUGAACGCGAGGCGGAAGGCACACCUGCUGGACAGAUGCCAAGCCCUGAGGCAGGACCAGAGGAUGCCCCGCGCCAGAGUGAACAGGAUUGUGGCGAUUAAACCGAUCCUGCAAGUUUGCGUUUCGCCGAAGAGCGGCUCCUCAUCGUGGCGGAAACUGAAGAGGAAACUCAGGUCGAAGGCGCGGUCGAGGAGGUCCUCCUCUUCGCGACGCCCCGUGAGUGCCCUGAGCGUCAGGCAUCCGCUGACUCGUCUCAAGUCGGCCUACAGAGACAAGUUUCUCGACGGCAUCCCCAUAUCCAACUACGACUCGGCCUGGAGAGCGAAGACGCAGAGCAACCAGAGCUGGAAGUACCGCUGGGAGGCGUACUGGCUGCCUGCGCUCAUCUCCCGCGGCGACAUCCCGCCCUCCUCUUGGCUGAGGGCGCGCCGGAUGGAGAUGCUGACAGUCUCCAACCCUUGCACGCAGACGAUGUUCUCGAACCACGGCCUCUCCAAAAGAAUGGGCGUGGAGUACCGAUCUCAAAUGAGCACCCUCCUUCAGCGCUUCAGGAAGGCCUCCUUCAGCUUCGAGGACUUCCUGCGUCACAUCCUCUGGAGUCGAGACCACGGGAUCUUGGAUUACCACUGGGCGCCCCAGACGUGCCUGUGUGACGCGUGCGCCAGACAGUAUGAUUUUAUUCUUCACACGGAGAGCGUAUCGCAAGAGUCGAAAUAUAUGUUUGCCGACGCGGGAGUGAGACGGAGUAUAUAUAUCAACACUCAGCACAGCACCAGGAAAAUCGCCAAGGGAUCUGGAGCCUCCUAUUUUGACAGAGUCGACAAUAAUACACUGUGGGAAAUACUUCAGCUCUACAAGAACGACUUCGAUCUGUUUGGCUAUGAGUUCUGAUUCCUGUAUAGGACUUUCUCUUUUUGUAAGUUAAUAUA